GGGUCCUGUCGCUCGAAUUUUCCGACAGCCGGUGAAGGCAACAUACGAGCUAAACCGGAGCUAGAGGACGAGUCUAGCAGCGUGGAUAUGUCGGAUCCGGCGGCGCAGGCCUUGCAACCCCGGCUUCUCCAAGCCCAAUCUACUGGGUCAGCUGGGUCCAGUACUGCCGCGUCAGGCUCCGGGCCGGGGCACAGUGAUCCGGCCAGACCGGGACUUAGCCAGCAACAGCGCGCAAGCCAGAAGAAAGCCCAAGUCCGAGCUUUCCCACGGGCGAAAAAGCUUGAGAAACUUGGCGUAUUCUCUGCAUGCAAGGCUAGUGACACAUGCAAGUGCAAUGGAUGGAAAAACCCAAAUCCACCAUCAGCAACACGUAUGGACCUGCAACAACAAGCAGCCAGCCUGAGCGAGCCGUGCCGCAGCUGUGGACAUGCCCUGGCUGACCAUGUGUCCCACUUGGAGAACGUGUCUGAGGAUGAGAUUAACAGGCUGCUGGGGAUGGUGGUGGAUGUGGAGAACCUUUUUAUGUCUGUGCACAAAGAGGAGGACACUGAUACCAAACAGGUCUACUUCUACCUUUUCAAGCUGCUAAGGAAAUGCAUCCUUCAGAUGAGCCAGCCAGUCGUAGAGGGAUCCCUUGGAAGUCCACCCUUUGAAAAGCCCAACAUUGAGCAGGGUGUUUUGAAUUUUGUUCAGUACAAGUUCAGCCACCUGGCACCAAAGGAAAGGCAGACCAUGUUUGAAUUGUCAAAGAUGUUCCUCUUGUGCCUAAAUUACUGGAAGUUGGAGACACCAACGCAGUAUCGCCAGCGCACACAGAAAGACGAUGGGACGUCAUACAAAGUAGACUACACCCGGUGGCUGUGCUACUGCCAUGUCCCCCAGAGUAACGACAGCCUACCGCGCUAUGAAACAACCCAGGUGUUCGGCCGCAGCUUGCUCAAGUCCAUCUUCACCGUGACCCGACGCCAGCUCCUGGAGAAGUUCAGAGUGGAGAAGGAUAAACUGCUGCCAGAGAAACGCACGCUCAUCCUCACACACUUCCCCAAGUUUCUGUCCAUGCUGGAGGAGGAAAUCUAUGGCGAGAAUUCACCCAUCUGGGAGGCUGACUUCACCAUGCCUGCCUCCGAUGGCACACAGCUGGGACAUCAGACAGUGAUCAGUCCUGCUGCAGUGUCUGGCUCCCCUGCUCUGUCUAAAGGUCUGAGCAGCAUCUCCUCUCUGGGCAGCAUGGACACUGGAGGUGCAGAGCCCAUCACAGGAGAGAAACGUAAACUUCCGGAGGCGUUGACCUUGGAGGAUGCUAAGCGGAUACGUGUGAUGGGAGACAUUCCUAUGGAGCUGGUCAAUGAAGUUAUGAUGACAAUCACUGACCCUGCUGCUAUGCUUGGACCAGAAACUAAUCUGCUGACGCCAAACGCUGCCCGUGAUGAGACUGCCAGGCUGGAGGAGAGGCGGGGCAUUAUAGAGUUCCAUGUCAUUGGAAACUCACUUUCCCAGAAGUCCAACAAGAAGAUCCUGAUGUGGCUGGUCGGCCUGCAGAACGUCUUCUCUCAUCAGUUACCUCGCAUGCCCAAAGAGUACAUCACAAGACUGGUGUUUGACCCGAAGCACAAGACCCUAGCCCUUAUCAAAGAUGGCCGCGUCAUCGGAGGCAUCUGUUUUAGGAUGUUUCCCACUCAGGGAUUCACAGAGAUCGUCUUCUGUGCUGUGACAUCCAAUGAACAAGUUAAGGGCUACGGUACCCACCUGAUGAACCACCUGAAGGAGUACCACAUCAAACACAACAUCCUCUAUUUCCUCACUUACGCUGAUGAGUACGCCAUUGGCUACUUCAAGAAGCAGGGCUUUUCCAAAGACAUCAAAGUGCCGAAGAGUCGAUACCUGGGAUAUAUCAAAGACUACGAAGGAGCGACCCUCAUGGAGUGUGAGCUGAACCCGAGAAUCCCCUACACUGAGCUCUCUCAUAUCAUUAAAAGACAGAAAGAGAUCAUUAAGAAGCUGAUUGAGAGGAAACAGAGCCAGAUCAGGAAGGUUUACCCAGGUCUCACCUGCUUCAAAGAGGGAGUACGACAGAUCCCAGUAGAGAGCAUUCCAGGCAUAAGAGAGACAGGCUGGAAACCCAGUAACAAGGACAAAGGGAAAGAGGUGAAGGACCCUGACGUGUUGUACAAUAUGCUGAAGAACCUCCUGGCCCAGAUCAAGACUCACCCUGACGCCUGGCCCUUCAUGGAACCCGUGAAGAAAUCAGAGGCUCCAGAUUACUAUGAAAUCAUCCGCUUUCCCAUCGACCUAAAGACCAUGACAGAGCGACUGAAGAACCGAUACUAUGUGACUAAGAAGCUUUUUAUUGCUGACCUGCAGCGAAUCAUCACCAACUGUCGCGAGUACAACCCUCCAGACAGUGAGUACUGCAAGUGUGCCAACACCUUGGAGAAGUUCUUCUACUUCAAAUUAAAAGACGGCGGCCUAAUCGAGAAAUGAACUCCACUACAGAAUUAUUUACAGACGAGGAGCGACUGUCUCAGCUGCCACAUACCUAGAUGAAGCACAUCACAAGGAAACUAUCGCUAGCUAUUGUCAUAUCUGAGUUAAUAAAAGGGGUAUGUACAUGACUGACAAAUUUUACAAGGGAAUUAUUGGACUCGAACAAACAUGAGGAUUGUUUGGAAAUAUCAGCGCCAGUAGAGCAUUACACAUUUCCAAAAAUGGCAUGACAUUUCCCCUUAAAGUUAUGUCGUUUUUUUUUUCUUUUCUUUAUUCCAGUACUCACAGUGGGCUAAUAAUCUUAGUAAACAUGUUUCAUUAAGUGUACCAAAGUUAUAGGUCCAAGUUAUAACAAUGCCACUCUUUCUACCAUUAUUUAUAGUAUGAUUCACCUGGUUUUGUUGCAUUUAAUGGCAUUUAUUCAUUCCAAUUUGCUUAAAACUCAUCACUCCAGCAGGUGUAUAUGUAUGUUUAGAGUUUUUUCACAGAAAACUGGACCUCGGGACCUAAAGCCAUGUUGCCUUCCGUUACUGACAGACACUUGAACAUCCCGGCCAUUUUCAUGGGUAUAAAGAUAAAGGUUCUUUCAAAGGUGAAGUCCUUAAAGCACUUGAUAAUGAAAGAUGUGCAGUACUUUGACUGUUGAGUAGUGCAUACACGAUUUAAAUAGUUGAUUGGCGAGAAAAUUCAUCAAAUACAAAUCCUGUACAUUUGCGUAUUGUAGUGCCUCAAAAGUGAGGGUUUGUUGUGUUUCUCUUUUCAUUCCAGUGUGUAUUGAUUAUCUUCUGACUGUUGGUCAGAAAAAAGGCAAUUAUUUAUCAUCUGGGCUCUAACAACAAUAAUCUCAAUAUUCUUCCUUAUUCUAAACACGAUUGAUUAUGAAAACAUCGUCGCAGAUUAACCAAUAAUGAAAAAUAAUUGUAGGUUGCAGCACUACUCCUGACUAGUUAGAGAGACUGUUAGACUUGUGUGCUAAGUUAAAUCAUUUCCCCAAUUGUUGCCUGCAAGAAAACACGUUUUCAUGUUGACAACAACAUAACAGACAAUGAUUUAUACGGUAAAUAUAAAAACACUGUUUAUGCACCAUUUUCCACUGGCAGGGUUGUAUUCGAGACCAUUUAGGAUGAGGUCACACAUUAGUAUAGCUUUUACCAUGCUUGCACGUGAUACUGUAGCUGUUGGCACUGAUUUGUUCUGUAGUACAGUCACAUCCACACACAUGCUACGUGGUCUAUUUCUUGUACAGCCACAUUUUUUGUUGUGGUGUCACAGGUUUACUGGAUAUUCUAUGUUAAGUCCCAAACAUGGUGGGAGGGAAGCUAACCAGCAGUCCUCAUAUGGAUUUGGGAGCGAAGAUAACUCACACCGUACACAAACUGUAGUAGGUGUUUAUGCAUGGCAGAGAGUUUACAACUUAAAUUUAAAAAAAAACAAACAAAAAAAAAAACUAUCCAACUUUUAGCCUUUGUUGUUGUUUUUUAUUUUAUUUUAUUUUAUUUGUUUGUUCUUUACGGUGUCAGACAUUGUAAUGAAAUGUUGGACGCCUUUCUUUGUUAACCGUCAGUGUCAAACGGAGUGCUUCCUGAGACGCAUCCACUUCUUUUGUGAGAAGUAACUGUCCAAUGCUGGUUGAGCCUGCUUGUUGAAUGUUUCAUUGACUUGUGUGUGUUUGUUUGUGUGUGUGUGAGUGGAUGUUUAUUUUGUACUUGAAUCAUGACUAGCUUUGAAUUACUGAAGUGAUGUCAGUGUUGCAUUAUUCAGGGUUGUCAGUUGCGUAUGUGUGUGUUUUUCCUCAGUCUACCUAUGCUGCAUUUCAGAUUUUCUUAGAAGGUAAGUCUGAGUGAACUUCUCACCAGUUUGAGGAUGGCUACUGUCUUUAGUUAUGAUAUAAAUGCCAUUUACUGUAACUAAUAAUACUGUUCAUGACAAUAAAGUUUUUUUUUCAUAAA